AUGGUGUAUACCAAUAAGCACAUAUCAAUGAUGACUACUAACAAAUUCAAUGAAAUUGCAGUAUUCCUUCUAAAAGAAGGUUAUGAGUUCUCCAUAUUUGUUAAGGAUAAGAUAGAUUCAAAUUCUAAUUGCAAAUUCUCACAAGCUUAUGUAACAACAGCUGUUGAAGAUAUUCUACCAAUAGGGGUGUGGGACCUUGUUGAUGGUGAAAAAAUCAUUAAAUAUGACAGUAAAUUAUGUGCCCCCCAAAAUCAUUAUCCUACAAUCCCACUGCCGUUAACAAAUUUAAUCGUAGUUGAAAAAUAUGUUCAUGGUGCAUUGAAGCUGUUACGACAAGUUCCUUGUAAGGCCAUUGCCAAAGCUUGGAUUAAGGCCAUUGAACCUAGGAAAAAAACCAAAUAUCCAUAUAUCAAAGGUGAUAUUGCCAAACCCUCCUGGUGGCCUCACGAUGUAGAACACAGGGAACCCGAUCAUCUGCAAAAAGCUGAUAGACUAAAAUUGAUGUGUGGUAUUUUAAUCAAAGUACUACCACAUAUCGGGUGUUUGGAAGUGGUAGAAGAAUUAUUGAGAUCCACAUUGGCUCUUUCACUGUUCAAGAAGGACCCAGAUAAGGAUAACUUGAUUAGUAGUAUAUUCGAAAUUCCAAAGGUAUUGUGCAACCCUGUAAAGAUGGAAAAACCUACAGUGGAAGUGAUAGACCUCUCAUACUUUAAGAAAAGAUGUAAAGAAGCCAAUUCGGGCAUCGUAACCACGAAUCGAGAGAUUCAUCAUCUUCAUCAUGCACACCAGACGGCAAAAGUUACUCAAACUCCACCGUCAACUGCUCCACGCCUGAUGGACCACUUUGAAAAUUGUAAUUUAUCACCACCAGUCCUAAUCGAUUUACUAAUGGAAAAUGAUCCUGAUCUGGACAAUUACAUCGAUGUAAUUAACAUCGUUUCUUCACCAUCUAGUAAAAGCUAA